UUGCUAGUUCUUUUAAUUGUGGUUGAGAUAUUUUAAAAAACUGCAAUGCGAUUGGGAAAUUUCGGUAGGAUCGCGUUGGGGUGGACAAUUAUAACGGUAGGAGGUAUAUAUUCGUUUAUUCUAUCAAAAAAGUCUGUAGAUAAGCGGCGUUUCGAGGAUAUGCAAAUUCGUGAACGAAUGCGAAAAUCGAACUUAGGAGAUUACGAGGCUGUAGGCAGUAGAAAGUUUGGUGCUUAAAAAAUAUUUAUGAAAGAAAUUACGACAAAGCAAAAUUAAAUCAAUUUUUAUAACCUCUGAGAACAUGGCUAUGCCCCAGUUAAGCA